AUGCCGACGCCAAGACCCAGGCAUCCAUCCUCCGCGCCGCGUCCCCUAGGACUCCUCCACCUGGUUCUUCGCCUCGUCCGCCGCCCCGUCCACCGUCAACUUCACCGGCUACGCAUACCCGUCGUCACCGAGCGCGGGGACGCGCUCUCCAGGCUCGUCGGCGUCGCCGCCGCUGCCGACCACAGGCCUAGCAUCCCCGUGUCGGAGUACAUGACCCCCGCCCCCCGCACGGCGUCUGCCGCCUUCGAUUUCGAGAAAGCCGCCGCCUUUCUCGCCGACGAGGGCCUGGACUUCGUGCCCCUCGUCUCCGACGACGCCGGCGAGACGCGGGGGGAGGACAAGCGCUGGCUCGAGAUGCUGGCGAAGGAAGGGGCGAACGCCAUUGUGAUCGACAGCUCACAGGGGAACUCUGUUUACCGGCUCGACAUGAUCAAGUAUGCCAAGAGGAUGUACCCUGAGGUGGAUCUGAUCGGUGGAAAUGUGGUCACCGUUGCGCAGGCACAGAAUUUGAUCGCCGCCGGGGUGGAUGGGUUGCGGGUUGGGAUGGGCUCUGGAUCGAUUUGCACCACGCAGGAGGCUACUGCAGUUUACAAGGUCGCGCAAUAUGCCAAGGAUCAUGAUGUGCCUGUUAUUGCUGAUGGUGGAAUCUCAAACUCUGGGCAUAUUGUGAAGGCCCUGACUCUAGGGGCAUCAACUGUUAUGAUGGGUAGUUUCCUGGCUGGCAGUCUUGAAGCUCCUGGUGUUUAUAAGUACAAGUACUCAGGGUUGAUCUACUUCUUGCAGUUAUGCAUGAUGCUUUUGGAGUUCGGUUACAUGCCAGAAAGCAGGCAGAGGUGCUGA